AUGAAACGAUCCCUCCUCAACUUUGAUCAUCGAGGUGACGCACUCCUCACUCUACGCAGACCCAACGCUCAAAAAAUACCCUGGUCAAGAAGUAAAAAAUCUCUGUCAAGCGAGGCCGUCCACAAAAAUGAAGAGUCUGGCGGGUCAUCCAAGAACUUACGGUCAAUACAGCCUUGCAAAGAUGACGGUCAACCGAAUGAGAUACAAUUCAGAGUAUCUACGAGAAACCUGUGUCUCGUGUCUUCAGUUUUCAGAGCAAUGAUCGAAGGACGAUACAGGGAGUCACAUCCUAAUCCUCAAGGUCUUUUGGAACUCGGCGCUUCGGAAUGGAAUGUUGAAGCCUUUGUUAUCUUGUUGAACAUCAUGCACGGCCACCAUCGACAAGUGACAAAGACCCCUACUCUCGAACUAGUAGCUCAUAUUGGAAUCCUUGUUGAUUACUAUGAUUGUCUUGAGGUCGUUGAGAUCUUUUAUGAACGGUGGACUCAAUGGCAUCUCGACUUGAAGAAGCACAAUUAUCCCGAACUUAGUUUGGCCAUAACGACUAUCGCAUCACAGACCUUUGGUCCGGACGAAACUGUCCUGUUAUUUAUUGCCCUAGUAUUUAAAAACUACGUGCAAGCCAGAGGGCUCUUUGGACUCGCCGUUUUCAACACAGACGGCCCACUCGAAACAGACCUGGCGAUAUCGAAUCGAGUCCUUGAACUAAUUGAACAAGAACGAGAGAAACUGGUCGAAGAGCUCCUCGAAGUACUAUUCGACUUGCAAGACUGUCUCAUGGCCAGAGAUCUCUGCUGCACUCUGGAGUGCGCCUGUAGACUUCUCGGAUAUCUUACGAGACAAAUGAGAUCCUUCAACCUCCCAUUGACAAAACCAGAACGGCCAUACUUGGGCUACAGCGCGAAACGCGUUCAUGAAAUGCUUCGCAGUCUCAAAGCGCCAGGCUGGUGUACCGACCACAACAACGAGCCAUGUACACUUGAAGUUGUACUACAAGAUUUCUAUGUACCCUGGGAACCGAGUAUCUUUGAAAGAGAACUUUGUGAGUUAAAGUAG